UGAACGCCCAAUGUGUAAUGAGGAAACUCAAACUCUUGAAUACUUUGGAAUCAGAUAUAUAAGCAGUAAUGAAAUAUGGAAAGUUAUAUACUUAUUCAUACCUGGUAAUGAGGAGUCUCUACUGAUGACUCUGGAAGAGAUCAUUAUAGCCUCAAACAUUUAA